UACCCGUUUCUUUACUCGUGUUUGUGCUAUCGCGAGUUGACGGACGAUAUAAUAGCUAACGCGAACUCAACAGUUCGAACUCAACUCCGGUGAUUCGAAGGUGCGACGACGUUUAAAUUUCGUGUAAAAUGGAUUUUAAAAUUAUUUUCAUCACUUUUUUAUUUAUUUAUAAAUCAUCGGGGCAUCACAACUUCAGUUACGAUGGCAUGCUUGGACCGCAAUAUUGGAACAAAGAAUUUCAAACGUGUAAAGGAAAACAUCAAUCACCAAUAAAUAUUGAAGACCAUGAUGUCGAGGACGUUAGAUUUCCUUCUCUUAAAUUUGUGGGCCUUCAAGAACCUCAAGAAACGACGCUUACUAAUAAUGGGCACACUGUAACAAUUACAUUCAAAGAUCCGGAACGUGUAAGAAUAUAUGGAGGUCCUUUGGAUGCGUACCCCUACGUCUUCAAACAAAUGCACUUUCACUGGGGUUCCGACGACAACGAGGGCUCCGAAGAUCGUAUAAAUAAUCGCGCAUUCGCAAUGGAACUCCACGCGGUCUUUUACAAAAAAACUUACGGAUCAAUGGAAGCCGCGAUGCAUUAUUCCGAUGGUCUCGCAGUUCUUGCUUAUUUUGUGGAGGUCGACGAAUUUAAUGAAACAUAUGAACCUCUAGUGGCAGCACUUCCGAUGAUUGAAGAAGUUAACACAAAUAUAACACUAAAUGCGCCAAUAAAUCCCGAAAAAUUAUUACUACCGGGUGAAAUAAUUGUCUCUAAUUACUAUACAUAUCAUGGGUCUCUUACUACGCCGCCAUGUUCAGAAGUUGUCAUAUGGAUUGACUUCAAAGACUCAUUCCGACUAACUCAUGAGCAAAUCGAAGCGUUCAGAAACGUGAAGACUUUUGGCAAACAAAAACUAACUCAUAACUUCCGGCCAGUCCAGUCUCUGGAGGGGAGAAAAAUUUUCAACAAUGUUGUGAUAAGUGACCUGUAUGAUAAUUCUGGGGAAACUAAACCAACUUCUUCGUUAUCGAUAACAUUUUUUGCACUGCUAUUAGCAAUUCCACCAGAAUUAUGGUUUGCGUUCUUCGGUAUUUGAAUUAAGUGAUUUUUUUUUAAUUAUUUAUAAUUUAUAACAAUUGAGGAAAGAGACCCAAUGCUCAAUUAACAUUCAAAUUCAAAUGAUCCUGAAGUUAGCAGCCAUUUAAAAAUUUUUGAGUUUUUGUUUCUCAACAAAUCAAUUGCAAAAAAAUAAAAUAAAAAUAUGCACAUGGAGAAAAUUUUGAAAACUACAGGUGCAAUUUUUUCAAAUAUUUUUUUUUUUUAUGGUUUAUUGUCUAAAAAAAAAUCCAAAAAUUAUUAGAGGUCAGUUAACUUCAGUAUCAAAAGUUACUAGACAAUCGAAUAUUUUCGGAUUUUUUUUUCAUCAAUUAAAUUAAAAAAAAAAAAAAAAAAAAUAUGCUCAUGUAGAAAAUUAAAAAAACUAUAAGUGCAUUUUUUUAAAGUAUUUUUUUUUAAUUUCUGGUUUUUAAAAAAGU